AUGUCGGACGGAAAGGACAAGAGCGCAAACCCCAUGCGCGAGCUGCGCAUCCAGAAGCUCGUGCUCAACAUCAGUGUCGGCGAGUCUGGUGACAGACUUACCCGUGCUGCUAAGGUGCUCGAGCAGCUGAGCGGUCAGACUCCUGUCUACAGCAAGGCCCGCUACACUGUCCGUACCUUCGGUAUCCGUCGUAACGAAAAGAUUGCCGUCCACGUUACCGUCCGUGGCCCCAAGGCCGAGGAGAUCCUCGAGCGUGGCCUCAAGGUCAAGGAAUACGAGCUGAGAAAGAAGAACUUCUCCGAGACCGGCAACUUCGGCUUCGGUAUCAGCGAGCACAUCGAUCUCGGUAUCAAGUACGACCCUGGUAUCGGUAUCUACGGUAUGGACUUCUACUGCUGCAUGACUCGCCCUGGUGAGCGUGUUGCCAAGCGCCGCCGCUGCAAGUCUCGCAUCGGUACCAACCACAAGAUCAACCAGACUGAGACCAUCAAGUGGUUCAAGAACCGCUUCGACGGCAUUGUCCGGUAA